ACCGCAUCACUUUGUUUUGUGUUCUGGGCCGACUCAUUGACUGGAGCGAUGUUUUAUUAAAAAUCGAUGACAUUUACCAUAAUGUACCCCAUGUAUUAUGGGAAACAACAACCAAAAACUGCCUUUAAGAAAAGCACAAUCUGUUCCCGAAUCACAGUUUUUACAAGUUACCAAUCCUGAUCUAGUCAGAGAUAAAAAUAGGGGAUCUGCGAGGCUAACUCGAGGAAAGUCCCAGGAUGGAUUGGACAUAGCAAUAAGUACUCCAGAAAAGCCUGCGUUAAAUGUACCCCUGGUAGAGGCCCUCUUUCUUCCAGAUUUCCCAAUAAAGGGAGAUGCUCAAGGCCAGGAAUUUGAGAUCUGUGAUAUUAUAGCCAAAGGAGCCUAUGGAAAUGUUUUGCGAGUUCGCAGAGAGGAUGAAAAACAGUAUUAUGCCAUGAAGGUGAUGAGCAAAACACAGAUUAUUGUGGAAGGAGCAAUACAACAGUGCAAAGAUGAGGCAGCUAUUCAGGCCAUGCUUGGGGAUCAUCCAUUUAUUGUAAAAUUGCAUGAAUACUGGCAAUCCAAAAAGUAUCUUUACAUAGUGCUUGAGUAUGUUCCUUAUGGAGACCUGUUCACUCUGUGGUCCUUUCACGGUUACUUGCCAGAAAUGUUGUCCAGAGUUUAUAUUGCGGAAAUGGCAAUGGUCUUAGAUUAUCUUCACAAAUCUGGUGUCAUUUAUAGGGACAUAAAGAUGGAGAACAUACUUUUAGAUGCAGAAGGUCAUAUCCAGUUGACAGAUUUUGGUUUAGCUAAAUGGUUAAACCGUGGAGAAAGGACUAGAACCAUCUGUGGAACAUUGCAAUAUAUGGCCCCUGAGGUAUUGGCCACCACUCCAUACGGCCACACCGCUGACUGGUGGUCCCUAGGAAUACUCAUGUACGUCCUACUCGCUGGAAGGUACCCUGCUGAGGGGGCUCAGGAUCAUGACGAGAUGCUCAAACUUGUGUGGGACAGUGAUUAUUUACUCCCCAACCACAUCAGUGAUAAAGCUCAGGAGGUCAUCAAUAAGCUUCUUAUGAAGAAUCCAGACAAAAGACUUACGGAUCUAUUAGCUCUUCAAAAUACCAACUUUUACUCCAAUUUUAACUUUACUGCUGUUUUAGAAAAAAAGGUGUCACCAAAGGACAUAGUUCCCCACGAUUUUUUCCCAAUGACAGGGGUUAGUUAUAGUUAUGCCCCCCAACCAGCCCCGAGUGAAGAUGAAUUUGCACAGUUUGACUUUGUGUGGAACCUUCCACCAGAGACAGAGGCUGUGUUUGUAUAAGAAAUCCAUGUCAUUCCUGCAGCAUUAAAGGGACCAAUGAGAUGCAUGACCCGUAGAGGAAAAACUUACAAGCAAUGAGUAACUGUAGCAGUGUAAAAGUAUUUAUGUGCAAUUGCUUUUUAUUUAAACAAGGUAUUUAGACACACUGUCUUUUAAUUUCACACAGAUCAUGUUUGUCAUAUUUUCAUUUGUACAUAUAUGUAUAUUUAAACAGGUUGUAAAGAAUGCUGUAAAUGUAUGUUAACUGGACAGGUUGUGACAAAUAUUGUUAAUAUGAAGGAAUCUCUAAAUGUUUCAUCUGUGAUGGCAUAAUCUUAAAGUAUGACCAAAAGAGUGUUUAAUUCAUUUCUGUUCUUGGUAAAUGAAAUCAUUUCUCUGAUAUUAAUUUAAACCACCUUUUUUUGUUAUCAAGCAAAUUAAGUCUGCUUGAAAUUAAUGUUACCAUGAAUCUAGAGGAUUUUUUAAUCUUCUUUUUACACUUCUGUCUUUUUCAUGGUGCAUGAAUUUUAAAAUCAAAAUAUAAUGUGCCAUUUAUUGUUGAUUUCAGGAAAACCUGCUCACCGACAGCAUGUUUUUUUUUUAAAUUCAUGGUUUCUCUGUUUCUUGCCUAUGUUGUACUAUAAUUUUUUUUGUUAAAAUUUCAACUAUAAUACACAAGUUUGUUGAAAUGUUUUUACAUGUAUACUUACUAUGCAUUUAAAUAAUAAUUAUUUAUGAUUUUAUUUGAUUUUAUAUCUUGAUAUUUUUUAUUUCAUUUAAAUGGAAGUGAUUUCUUUUUCUUCUCUUUUUAAUUGAAUUUAAAUUUUGACAAAAUGAAUUUGAGUUUUUAAAUAAGAAAUCAUUAUGACUGUUGAUUGACUGUGAAGGCUAAAGCUUUAAUCUUUUUUGCUGGAUUGUAUUUCCUUACCAAUUUUCUCUCAGAUGUACGUGAUGUUUAAACAACGAAUGGAUGUGUUUUACAAAUCAAAAGUUGUCUGCAUGAUAACAAGAGAAAUCAAUUAUUAAGGAUUGAUCCAUGUUAAGUUGGUGCAGUCUUGUCUCACAUUAUUAGAUGCAUGGUGUGUGUUGUUUUAUGAUGUUUAAUGCUGACUGUUAGGAAACUAAGCAAGAUAAUUUAUAUUCAGGGAGUUAAAUGUUUGUCAUUGUUUAAUUUUUGUUUGAUAUCAGUGUAUUUUUUUUACCUCUCAUUGUGUUCAUUUCAACAAAUAUUUGAUUACUGAUGCUACACAUUCCCCUAAAGCUGGAACACAAGUAUACUUGUAGUGUUUAUAUCAAGUGGUGUAGUUUUCAUAUCAUGAUUGUUAUAUCAGUGUCUAAUAAUUACCAUUACAAUCAAAUAGUGGUUGUCAUCUUGCAUUUAAAGCAAUAGAUAAAAAUAUGUGUAAAAUACAUUAAUAUUUUUUUUUUUAUAGUGAAUUGUUUGUUUUUACUCUGCUCAAUGUCAAAUUCAGUGUUUUUUAUUCAAUACAGAAAGGUUUUAUUCAUUUGAGAAUGUUUUGAAAAGUUUAGGAUAUCAAGUUUGUUUUACAAGACUGUAUGCAUUUUUUUUGUUCAGAAGCUUAUUUUUUAUUUGAUUUUUUAAAAUCAAAACAAUUAACCAGAAAAUGUAUCUGAUGUCUUUUGUUUUUAUAUUGCUAACAGCAACCCUCGUUUGAUUAAGGAUUUUAAAACGUUUUAUAUUGAUAAGGAGAAAUUAGGGUCUAUGAAAGGAAGAAAAAAUGAAUGUGUAUGAACUGAAUGAAAUGUUGAUAGAAAACCAUCAAUUCAACUUACUUUUUACAGAUGUAGAUUGCAUAUAAUAAUUAGUUAAAAGAAUCUUUUCAGUAAAUAUUGAAAUAUUUCGAUUCUAGCUUGUACAGAUUUUACAUUUACAAUGAACUUAGAAAUCUGUGUCUAUCAUAAAAGUAAUAUUUUAAAACUACAUUCCUUGCUGUGAAUUAACUUGUGUUCAAAUGAAUACAGGACUGAUAAAUCACAUAUGAUAUCUAAUAUUUACAUUGACAGUUGAUUAAUAUGAAGAACAGAACAUUUAACGACAUGAUAGUUUGGUUCAGCUAAAUAAUAAAUUGAUAAUGUGGAAUUAUGUACCCAGUGUAUUUGAAAACAUGACAUUCUGAUUCAGUAAAUUAUUCAGGAACUGCU